AUGACCCUCCUAGAUCCAACCAAUGCCACCCGCGCAACCCCCAACAUCGCCCCCGAAAAAGCCUCCCUCCACAUCGGCAGCUCAACCCUCAUCCCAGCUCCAUCCCCCAAAGUCUGGGCCGCCCUAACCGACACCUCAACCUGGCCAACCUGGAACUCCUUCGUUCCCCGCGUAACCAUACGCUCCCAACCUAAUGCCCCAUCCCAAUCCCCUCUCUCCCCAAUCCUCCAACAGGGAACCAAAUUCACCUUCCACGUCCGCAUGGACCCAACAUCCACUUCCGAGAAACCCCAGCCCGCCACAGACGUCCACCUGCUCAUAACGGAGUGCACGGCCCCGGAUCCAGAGACGGGGGCAGUGGGCCGCAUCGUGUGGACGGGGGACUAUGAGGCGCCGGGCACGAUGUCGCGCUCGCUGUUGUUGGCGGAGCGGGUGCAUGAGAUUCGAGAUGUGGAGGGGGGAACGGAGGUGAGGAAUUGGGAGGCGCAGGUUGGGUGGGUGGUUUUUGUGGUAAGGAUGAUGUAUGGGGUGAGGUUGCAGGCGAAUUUCGAGCUGUGGGUGGAUGAUUUGAGGCGGUUUGUGGAGGGUUCUUGA